UCCACCUUGCUUGCGAGCAAUAAUGGAGAUCGUGCUGCCAUUGUUAGGUUGCGUCCUCGUGGCGGCGCUCCCGCUGAUCUUCCUCCUCUUCAAGAGGUGCUGCUGCUCGUCGACGACGGAUGCAGACAAGCGGCUGCGGCUUCCGCCGGGGCCGUGGCGGCUGCCGCUCGUCGGGAGCCUCCACCAUGUCCUGCUGUCGCGCCACGGCGACCUGCCGCACCGGGCGCUGCGGGAGCUCGCCGGCAGGUACGGCCCGCUCAUGAUGCUCCGGUUCGGCGCCGUGCCGACGCUCGUGGUGUCGUCGGCCGAGGCGGCGAGGGAGGUGCUCAAGACGCACGACGAGGCCUUCUCCAGCCGGCACCUGACGCCCACGCUCGCCGUCUUCACCCGCGGCGGCCGCGACAUACUCUUCUCCCCGUACGGCGACCUGUGGCGCCAGAUACGGAGGAUCUGCGUGCUCGAGCUCUUCAGCGCGCGCCGCGUCCAGUCGCUGCGCCUCGUCCGCGCCGUCGCCGACGAGUGUGCCGCGGGCUGCGCCGGUGGUGGUGGCGUUGGCGGCGCCGUCGUCCCCAUCGGCGAGAUGGUGUCCCGCAUGGUGAACGAUUCCGUCGUGCGCUCCGCCGUCGGUGGCAGGUGCGCCCGGCGGGAUGAGUUCCUCCAUGAGCUCGAGGUCGUCGUCAAGCUCACCGGCGGGUUUAACCUGGCGGACCUGUACCCGUCGUCGCCGUUGGCGCGCUGGCUCAGCGGCGCGCUUCAGGAAACCGAGCGGUGCAACCGGAGCAUACGUGCCAUCAUGGACGACAUCAUCCGCGAGCGUGCGGCUGCAGGCACCGAGGACGGCGGCGACGGCGACGGCGAGGAGGACCUCCUCGGCGUGCUGCUCAGACUGCAGAAGAACGGCGGCGUGCAGUGCCCACUCUCCACUGACAUGAUUGCCACCAUCAUCAUGGAAAUCUUUUCGGCUGGGAGCGAGACAACAUCAACGACGCUUGAUUGGGCACUGUCAGAACUAGUGAAAAAUCAACCAGUCAUGGAAAAGGCCCAAGCAAAGCUAAGGAAGAUGUUCAAGGGACAAGACAGGCUAACCGAAGAUGGCAUUAGCAAACUAAGCUACCUACAUCUGGUGAUAAAGGAGACGCUUCGUCUACAUGCGACGGGCCCAUUCCUUCUUCCUCGGGAGUGUCAUGAGCCAUGCAACAUCAAGAGCUACGACAUUCCUGAAGGUACUAGAGUGCCUGUGAACGCUUGGGCUAUAGCAAGAGAUGCUAUGUACUGGGAAGAUGCUGAGAUUUUUAAGCCAGAGAGGUUCACAAUAAAUCUUGUUGAUUUCAAAGGUAAUAACUUCGAAUACAUCCCUUUUGGUGCGGGUAGGAGGAUCUGUCUAGGUAUAACACUUGGGUUAACCAGCAUGGAGCUUGUGCUUGCAAGCCUCCUCUAACACUUUGAUUGGGGGCUUAUUGAUGACAAGAGGUCUGAAGAGAUCGACAUGUCCGAGGCAUUUGGAAUUACUGUUCAUAGGAAGGCCAAACUCAUGCUACAUGCAACGCCACAUUUUCCAUAUUUGCAUUGACAAUGUUCACUGUACUAGAUGCUACAACCUAGAGCAGUUACUCCCGAUAGUAGUGUAUAGGGUCAUGUGAUAUCUUGUUGUAAGAUUUAAUUAUAACAAAUAUAAUGAUAUAAUCAUAUACCGAUUGUAUAAAUAGGUAAAAAGGAAAAGAUAUUUUGAAUGUCGUUGCACGGACGGUUAAUGUGUAUGACAUGCAUCAACUGCUAUGCGCGCAGACUGGAGGGGGAAGCUUUUUGAUUGACACUCGGAAUCUGAUUAUAUCUACAACCACACCGUCCUUUUGCAGCCUCCGCCCUUCGGCAUUGCCAUUAGUUAACUAGAGAAGAGUACCUUUAACGGUCUCUUGGUAAAUAUGAAUGCACUCAAGCUAGUAAGGCAAGUUAGCGGUUGUCUUAAUGUAUUUUAUUGGCUUUAAAUAGCAAAGAUGUCGUUCUAUGAGAGGAUUC